AUGACGGAGCUACCUGACUGUGGGCUCUUAACAACUCCACGAAGAAGAACAGAAAGGGGGAGAUUGACAACCCUGCAGGGGCUCAAGGCUGCUGUGUGUCUUUCCCUCUGUAUCUUGGCCUUUUACCUGGAAAAUGAUGGUUUGGGCUUGCUGAGCCCUAAAUCUUGGCCUAAUCUUAUACAUGAUCGUCUUUGGUCAGGUCUUUCCCUCUGUAUCUUGGCCUUUUACCUGGAAAAUGAUGGUUUGGGCUUGCUGAGCCCUAAAUCUUGGCCUAAUCUUAUACAUGAUCGUCUUUGGUCAGCUUAUGUUGAGAACCUAGAAAUUUGCCUGAAGAAUGAGUCCUGGUCCACCGGCUAUUGCAGAGAGGUCAUACUUAUCCUGACGAAGCUGUAUGACUUCAACUUGGGGAGCGUGACUGAGAGUUCGCUUUGGAGGUCAACAGAUUAUGGUACUACCUACGAAAAGCUGAAUGACAAAGUGGGUUUGAAGACUGUCCUCAGUUACCUCUAUGUCAAUCCCACCAACAAAAGGAAGAUCAUGCUUCUUAGUGAUCCUGAAAUGGAGAGCAGCAUAUUAAUCAGCUCAGAUGAAGGGGCAACCUAUCAGAAGUACCGACUCACCUUCUUCAUCCAGAGUCUUCUCUUCCACCCUAAGCAGGAAGACUGGGUGCUGGCCUACAGCUUGGAUCAGAAGCUCUACAGCUCCAUGGACUUUGGCAGACGGUGGCAACUCAUGCAUGAACGCAUCACACCCAACAGGUUUUACUGGUCGGUGGCUGGAUUGGAUAAGGAGGCGGACCUGGUGCACAUGGAGGUGCGGACAGCCGAUGGAUAUGCUCACUACCUCACCUGCAGGAUCCAGGAAUGCGCCGAGACAACUCGGAAUGGGCCCUUUGCCCGCUCCAUUGACAUCAGUUCCCUUGUGGUCCAGGAUGAAUAUAUCUUUAUUCAGGUAACAACUGGUGGAAGAGCCAGCUACUACGUGUCCUAUCGAAGAGAAGCCUUUGCUCAGAUUAAGCUGCCCAAGUACUCAUUGCCGAAGGACAUGCACAUCAUCAGUACAGAUGAGAGCCAAGUGUUUGCAGCAGUCCAAGAAUGGAACCAGAAUGACACGUACAACCUUUACAUCUCAGACACCCGUGGAAUCUACUUUACUCUGGCCAUGGAGAAUAUUAAGAGUAGCCGAGGUCUAAUGGGAAACAUCAUUAUUGAAUUGUAUGAGGUAGCAGGUAUCAAAGGGGUAUUCCUGGCGAACAAGAAGGUGGAUGACCAGGUGAAGACGUACAUCACUUACAACAAAGGCAGGGACUGGCGCCUACUGCAAGCUCCAGAUGUGGACCUGAGAGGAAGCCCUGUGCACUGCCUACUGCCCUUCUGUUCCUUACACCUACACUUGCAGCUCUCUGAAAAUCCGUAUUCCUCAGGAAGAAUCUCUAGCAAGGAGACAGCCCCAGGACUUGUGGUAGCUACAGGCAACAUUGGCUCAGAGCUCUCCUAUACUGAUAUCGGUGUGUUCAUCUCUUCUGAUGGGGGCAACACAUGGAGACAGAUCUUUGAUGAAGAGUACAAUGUCUGGUUCCUAGACUGGGGUGGAGCCCUCGUGGCCAUGAAACACACACCUCUGCCAGUCAGGCAUUUGUGGGUGAGUUUUGACGAGGGCCACUCCUGGGACAAGUAUGGUUUCACUUCACUUCCUCUCUUUGUCGAUGGGGCUCUGGUGGAGGCAGGAGUGGAGAGCCACGUCAUGACAGUUUUUGGCCACUUCAGCCUCCGCUCUGAAUGGCAGUUGGUGAAAGUGGACUACAAAUCUAUCUUCAGCCGACGCUGCACCAAAGAGGACUAUCAGACCUGGCACCUGCUUAAUCAGGGAGAGCCUUGUGUCAUGGGAGAAAGGAAAAUAUUCAAGAAACGCAAGCCGGGAGCCCAGUGUGCCUUGGGCCGAGACUACUCAGGGUCAGUGGUCUCAGAACCCUGUGUCUGUGCUGACUGGGACUUCGAGUGUGACUAUGGCUAUGAAAGACAUGGGGAGAGCCAGUGUGUCCCAGCUUUCUGGUACAAUCCAGCAUCCCCGUCAAAGGACUGUAGCCUCGGCCAAAGCUACCUUAAUAGUACUGGGUACCGGAGGAUUGUGUCCAACAACUGCACAGAUGGACUGAGGGAGAAGUACACUGCCAAGGCCCAGAUAUGCCCUGGAAAAGCCCCUCGUGGCCUCCACGUGGUGACGACUGACGGGCGCCUAGUGGCAGAGCAGGGGCACAAUGCAACCUUCAUCAUCCUCAUGGAGGAGGGUGAUCUCCAGAGGACAAACAUCCAGCUCGACUUUGGGGAUGGAAUUGCUGUGUCCUAUGCAAACUUCAGUCCCAUUGAAGAUGGCAUAAAGCACGUGUACAAGAGUGCAGGGAUCUUCCAGGUGACAGCCUAUGCAGAAAAUAACCUAGGCUCUGACACGGCUGUGCUGUUCCUGCAUGUGGUCUGUCCUGUGGAGCAUGUCCAUCUCAGAGUCCCAUUUGUUGCCAUAAAGAAUAAGGAGGUCAACAUCAGUGCAGUCGUGUGGCCCAGUCAACUGGGGACCCUUACCUAUUUCUGGUGGUUCGGCAAUAGCACGAAGCCCCUCAUCACCUUGGACAGCAGCAUUUCCUUCACAUUCCUGGCAGAGGGAACCAAUACCAUCACCGUCCAGGUGGCUGCUGGGAAUGCUCUUAUCCAGGACACAAAAGAUAUCGCAGUCCAUGAAUACUUCCAAUCCCAGCUCUUAUCUUUCUCUCCUAACCUGGAUUACCACAAUCCUGACAUUCCUGAGUGGAGGCAAGAUAUUGGCAAUGUUAUCAAGCGAGCUCUGGUCAAAGUAACCAGUGUCCCAGAAGACCAGAUCCUUGUUGCUGUAUUCCCUGGCCUCCCCACUUCAGCAGAACUCUUCAUCCUCCCACCCAAGAACCUGACAGAGCGAAGGAAAGGCAAUGAAGGGGACCUUGAACAAAUUGUAGAGACACUAUUUAAUGCUCUAAACCAAAACUUGGUCCAGUUUGAACUGAAGCCAGGGGUUCAAGUCAUUGUGUAUGUCACACAGCUGACUUUAGCGCCUUUGGUGGACUCCAGUGCUGGGCAUAGCAGCUCGGCCAUGCUUAUGCUCUUGUCAGUGGUGUUUGUGGGCCUGGCCGUGUUUUUGAUCUAUAAGUUUAAGAGGAAAAUCCCCUGGAUUAACAUCUAUGCUCAGGUCCAACAUGACAAGGAACAGGAGAUGAUUGGGUCAGUGAGCCAAAGUGAAAAUGCCCCCAAAAUCACACUCAGUGAUUUCACCGAGCCUGAAGAACUUCUGGACAAAGAGCUAGAUACCCGGGUCAUAGGAGGCAUUGCCACCAUUGCAAACAGCGAAAGCACAAAGGAGAUCCCCAACUGCACUAGUGUUUAAUAACAACAAGCCACGUGGUCAACCACCUUUCUGACUUUUUAUUUUUGAUGAUUACUAUUCCUAUUAUUAUGGAAAAAUGAAAAUGUCUUUUUUACCUUUUCUUUACCAGGGGCCCCUUCAUAAAUAGCAGGCGGAAGCUUAGCUUUGGGAGAAAUGGCAUUCUUAUAUAGUUCAAAUGAAACAGAAAGAAAAAAAUGGCUGUAUUUGUGCUAAGGGUGAAGGAUGCAUCUUCCCAUAGCCUCCUUGAUUUAUUCUGCCAUUGGUAGCAUAAGGACCCUCUGUUUUCAGUCUCUCUUUCUUUUAUUUAAGUCGGGAUGGGUUUUUGUUAACCUCUCAUCCUUGCCCCUGCAACCAAAAAUCACCAACACUGCCCUUCCACCCAGCACACACACAUCAACACAAACCAUUUCCCAGUUAGAUCCCCAGGAGGUGGGUUGGUGGGGAGUGGAUGUAGCUGCAGAAAGCGUGCACACCUUUAUGAAAGAGGCCCUGCCUCAUGCAUGUCAAUAGCGAGGCUACAGAUGGCUUACUGUAUAUAAUUCAAUGUAAAUAGCUUUUUAUUUCCUAAGAAAUAAUUUAAUGUUUAGUAAAAAAGAAAACAGAAAAAAGAAAGAUGCGCGUGUUGGCUUUACGCACUCACCCUCAGAGCUGACCAACCCCCCAGGCCUGCUUGAUGUGUUGGGUUCUGGAUGCGCUCCAGUUGUCUGUCACACUUAACUCUUGCAUCCCUGUGUCUGUGCCAUAGCUGGUUUCUACUUAUGUAUAUACAGGGGGCGGGGAGGGCAUAUUUGGGGCAAUUGAUAAAGGAAGGACUCUAUUGACAUCGGAGAAUACAGGCGUCGUUUGUGUUCCAACAAUGACAUGAAAGAAGUUGGGAGAUGAGGCCCCUUCGAGACCUCAACUGAGACCCAAAUGGGGAAUCAAAGCUCCCCCUCUAGGUGGAAAGACUUGAGGUUAUUUAUCAACCUGAGAAAGCAGUGUGUUGUGAAGAAGUCAAGGAAUGGAUGCACACUGAAGAUUGUUCUGUUUUCUGAUUGGAUUCCAUGGAAGUGCAUAAUGCUUACAAUGGCAUCUCAGGCUGUUCUUAGCUCAGAGAAGUCCCCUGAGCACUAGGUGAAGCCCAGUGAGUGCCUUUUGGCAAGGAGGUAGUAGAGAGCUUAGGAGAAAGAUGGCAUGAGUUCAUGUAAAUCCUGCAGGCCAGAUAGAGGUCUAGCCUUUAAUGAUGUUAGUCGAAGUCUAAGACCAUCUUAGCAAAGCUGUUCUACUUGCUUGUCAGCUGUACACAACUUCCUUAAAGUCAAUGUCUGCCUUCAGUUCCCUUAAGGUAGUUCUUGCCUCUGGGGUGAGUGGCUUUCAAAGCCGGUUCAUUUUCUCAGCACCUCAGCCCCUUCACAUAUUUACACAUUUCAGUUCUUUUCAAUAGUCAUGUGGUAGGCAUUGUUUUUAUUUUCAGGCUUAGCCUGAGCACACUUGCUCUAAAAAGGAUAUACUGUAUAUAUAUGUGGGAGGAAAGGCCACAUUUUGCACCGGUUCACUUUCGUGGGAUGUUGUUUGCAUUCUUCUUUGUGAAACACAGAGAGAAUGUGAUACAGAGAAUUUGGCAGGCCACAGCAUAGAUCAGUUUUAGGAGUAUUUCUACAGAUCCUGCUUUUUGGUUUCAAGGGUUAAAUGGGGCAGACAAUUGCAAUACUUGUACUAAA